UUGCUCUCUUCACAGUAUAGCCCAGACAACGUGGCUGGAGCAGAUGGAGACGUUGACCCCACCGAAAUCACCUUUCCAGGAUGUUCUUGUCUUACUAGUUCCUGUGUGGUUCGUGUGUGUACAUGUCUUUGCCGUGGUGAAAAUUACAAGAAUUUGUGCAUCAAGCCUACGGACAAAGAGGAGUAUGCCCGGCCUAUUUUUGAAUGCAAUGCCAUGUGCCAGUGUGGUGAAUCCUGUCAAAACAGGGUCGUACAGAGGGGUUUGCAGUUCAGACUUGAAGUAUUCAAGACUGUGAAGAAAGGGUGGGGUCUUCGCACUCUGGAAUUCAUAGCUAAAGGAAGAUUUGUUUGCGAAUAUGCUGGUGAAGUUUUAGGUUUUAAUGAAGCACGUAGAAGAAUUCAGGCCCAGACAUCCAAGGAUUCAAACUAUAUUAUAGCAGUGAGGGAGCACCUCCAUAAUGGUCAGAUAAUGGAGACUUUUGUUGACCCUACGUACAUUGGUAACCUAGGCAGAUUCCUGAAUCAUUCCUGUGAACCAAAUUUAUUUAUGGUGCCGGUCAGAGUUGACUCAAUGGUGCCUAAACUGGCACUUUUUGCAGCCACUGAUAUUUCUGCUGGAGAAGAACUUUCUUAUGAUUAUUCUGGAAGAUUCCAUAAUUUGCCAGUAACUAACAGAGAGCAAAGAACUUCACAGGAAGAUAAUAUAUUGAAAAAACCCUGCUACUGUGGUUCCCACACAUGUAAUUCCUUCCUACCUUGGGACAGCUCCCUCUUUUCCAUAGCAGACACUUCUUCAGAGAGCUCUUCAUAACUUUUCUGCCCCUAACCAUAUGCUAAUGAGCAUCAUUUUCCCUUGCAGUUAAACCGCAGUUAACUAAAACCUUUCUUGCUAUAGAUGCAUUCAAGAGCUAUCUAUACUAAGGAUGCAUUUUUUUGAGAAGAGGGAGAAGUAUACAACUCAAUUUUUAAAUGCAGCCCAGAUGAUUAGUGAGGAUAUCAGUUUUGAAAACUAACAUGCAUAUUCUAGUUUCAUACCCUCACCUGCUAGGUUUCUUCAACUUUUGUUACUUUUGCAUCUGACAACGUACUCAAGAAGCAGAAAAUUUAACCUUUAUAACCAGAAAAGGGUUAGUAUUUGCACAACAUAGUUGAAAUGUGCCCAAGGUGAGAACCUGAAACCUAAUGCAGCUGUGCAGUAGUACUCUAAGCCAUCAUGCUAAAAAGUAAAAGAAGAAAUUUGUUUUUUAGAAGCUGUUUAUGUAAUUGACCAGCAAUAUCAAGGAGGUACAUGUGGCUUUGAAUAAAACUUAAAAAAAAAAAAAAAAGAGUUUUUGAGAAUGUCUUCAAGCAACAUCCUGAAGAUUCUGUUUUCAAGGUGGAUGAUAUGAGGGAGCACUAAAGCUUCAGGCUGUUCCAAAACAGAAUCAGUUACUACCCAGUGCCUGCUGCUGCUAUUUUGUUUUCUUCUGACAGUUUGGCAUAGGUUAAAGUACCUGUCUCAAUUUGUACUAAAAAUCUUUCAAAAAAACAAAGAAUAAUUUAACAGUGGUACAAGGAAGGGACAUGUGAUGUCAAUAAGAAAAGUAAUUGAAAAUUAUAGAGAAGAGAUUGAGACAAAGGAAUAUUGACAUUUGCAGGAAGGGCAUUAGGUUUCUUAAAUUCCAUUAAAAGAAAUUACAUUUUAAAAUGAAUUGCUAUAAUCAUUUUGUGUACCACAAAACACAAGUAACUAAUGCUUAGUGAUGUCAAGUGCUUUUUCACCCUCUUCCAUCUCCAGUCACAUAUAAUAGCUGCUUACCAAAAUUUGGUUUCAAGGGACUAGUUCAGUUUCAUUACCAUUUAGCUUCUGUGUAAACUACACAGUACCUCAGGCUCCUACAAGUACAGUCAUCCCACCUUUUAAAGCCACAUCUAUUUCAAGGCUCAUGUAAUAAGAUUUCUGCAGUAAUAGCGAGCAGCACUUCCACGGCACUUUCCAACAUUGUAAUUGUCAGGAAGCAAAUUCAGACUCUGCAGUCUGAAGCAGUAUGAUACUGCUAGUCUGACUUACAAAAUGGAUUAAAAUAGUAAAUGGUAAAGUACAUUUGAACAACAACAACAACAGAUUAUGUUCCUGCACUGCUGAACAGCUGGCAGAUAUGAGAGUUCCUUUCAGCUAGUAAUUGUUUUGUUUUCUUUUUUUCUAGAGCCAAACAGUAUUAAGCAGGGGGCUGUCCUUUCCAAGCAGGAGGAGGUUAUUGCAUCUUCCUUUCAUUGUUCUUAUACAGAUCUAAUAUACCUGCUCUACUUACCUGAGUAAGUCUGUAAAUCUCACACCAGGAGGCAGAAAAGAAUAGAUGCUGUAUUCAAAAUACACAGUGAGCUAACAGUUUCUUAAUAUGAAUUAACCACUUCUGUCUGCUUUUCAUAUUUCCUAAAAUAAAAGCUAUAGUUUCACGAUAAAUACAUUAGAUAGCUUGCCUGAUGAAGAAGUACUUUCUGUAAUUACAAUUUAUAGCACUUCCUUUCUAGAAGGAUCAAAUUAAGGAAGCUUCAAACAGGCUUGUUUAAAAUUUCCCCCAACUUUGAUGAGCAAGACACAGAUAAAUAGCAAUACAGUUUUUUUUUUACGAUAGUGCCAUGCAGUGUUCCAUCAGUGGCAAAAGCCCUUGAUCUAUGUGCUCUGUACAGUUUGAUCUUUAACUGUAUUCCUAGCCUUUGAUGUAGUAUAUACACACACAAGCCACCGUUUCUGUGGAGGAAAAAUAAAUCAGCUGUUCUAUAAGCAAGCUAGCAACAACAUUUAGUUUUUCUUUUUAGAAAGAACUUUUUGAUUUGGAACUUAACUUGAUAGUGAUAAGGGAUAAUGGAAAUUUGGUUGCUCUUAUUGUGCUAAACUGUCUUUCCCCAUACUUUCUUGAUAGACUUCAAUGUUGGCUUUCCCCCCUUUAAUAAAUGCAUCUUCCUCCUUCUGUUACGAAGAACUGCUAUUGAGACACAUGCUAUGGUUGCAGUUUAAGCUAAAGAUGAUAUCAUGCUCAAGAUGAAUCGUUAACUGUCACUUCUGUAGGCACAGAAAGCCUCCAAAGGGUUUCAGCUGUGUGUUAAAAGUACUGUUUACAAGCAGAGCAGCCAGUAACUUUACUCCUUGCCUGAUUAAGCUAGGCUGUUUUUACAGAACAGUUCCUCCAGCUUCUGUAACUUAGGAUGCACGCUUCAUUAGAUACCAGAGCAUAGCUUAGAUGUCAAGAUCUGUUGUCCCAUUUAGAGGCUUAUCUGGUUUUCUUCUCCAAAAAGGCAUUGUGCCAGUCACUUUCGGCCUGCAUGCUUGGGAGUGGACAAUCCAAUCUACUUCCUUUUCCUCCCUCUUGUAAAUUGUUUUAAGACUAGUUUUAUACCACCUGUAUUCCUAUUCCUCAAGAUUAGAUAAGUUUUCAAGAUGACAGCAGUUUUUUAGCUUCCUGUUAUGAAUAUGUACUUGGCAUGAUUUUGAGCAGUUGAGGAAGCAUAGAUUCCAACAAAACAAAAGAAAAACAAAUCCAAACACCAUUAGCCAUAUCUAGUCCUUACAUCACCAGCCUUAAACCAGAGAACAGAACUGAACCUUCUGUCUCGGUGCAAUUCCACCCUCAGUCACAGCCAGCAGAAGCCAGUUUCUAGCAAGUGAACUGAAUUUCAAUUACCUGGUUAGAAAAAGCUUGAUGGUAUAGAGCAACAAAAAGACUGUUGUACUGUUAAAAACAGCCAACCAUAUUAUAGGCUUUAACUAGAACACAUGAAAUAAUAUGUUGUCAUUGAAUUCUAAAUUAUUACGGCAUAAAAUGGCCAUUUUCUACACACUGUAUACAUUACAUGAUACAUACCUUGCUCUACCUAGCGCUACAGCUGCUUUGGGGGGGUGGAGUAAAAAUCCUACUGGAGAAGAAGAGGGAGGGAAAAAAAAAAACACUUUAAGAAGGGACUGAAAACUAAAGUAAGCCCUUGUUUCUGAAACCUGCUGCAUUUUUCACCUUUUCUUCUCAGUUAGGUCUACAUAGAGUCCCAGCCAAGUGCUUCUCACUUGAUGUGCCCUUUCACAAUGAAUCUGCUCCAAACAGCUCAAAAGACAGAACUCUGUAUAACUUUCCUUCCUACUCUCAAAGUGCAGUAAUGAUGAUCUGUAUUUCUGAAGUUUAUAACUACUAAAAAGAGAGAAGUUUUGAUCCACACAGGAGUUGAGUUUUGAUUUUUGAGAAAGGAGGCAAUUAAGCUUGUCAGUGAUGCAAUUGCAGAGCUAACUGUCCAUGCUGCAGGAAUUCCAAGUAAAUAACAGCACUAAGCAUUUGUAGAACCACCCUGCUUUCAAGUAAAUCUUCCUUCAGAGACCCCCUUGCAAAACAAAGGCCCAAGAAAAUAUUUUGAAAUAAAUGACCAGAUUCUGAAGUCUUAGCAAGAUGCUCAUUGGUGUGCAAGUCUACAUGAAUUUGUUUAAUUUUUAUUUUCACUACAUUUCACUAUGUGCAAUUUAUUUACAACCUCAACAACUGAAGAAACGUAUACUCAAGAUCAACAAAUGUUCAAGGAUGGUUUCUGGCUAUAAAUGGCAGCGCUCUGAAUACAGUGUUUUGUUGUUGUUGCUUCUGCUAAUUAAUUUUAACCAGUUGCCAGUUAAGGAAAGUCAGAUAGUCCUCCCUUACAGAUGGUAUUUGAACAUGUGAAGCUCUAAGAGAAAUAAGUUUAGAAAGUACAAUUUGUAUUUUGCAUUACUAACAGUUUCAGAUAAAAAUAAUGGGAAAAA